AUGGCGGAUACGACUGCUCGCUCUCGUUUGGACUACCUCUGGGCAGGGGCAGUUGCGGAGAACGGCUGGGCGUUCCAGUGUUCGAAGUCGAAAUCGGUGCAGGCAUUCGUCGAUGCGGCUCUCGCCUUCGCGAAGCCAUACACCCUCCCUUCCCCCUACAAGGUUGGAGGCCAGCUACUUAUGAAAUUACGGGCGGAUAUCGAGGAGCUUGUGAAGCCAAUGACGGAUAGCUGGGGCAAGCGCAGCUGCACCCUCACGUGCGACGGGUGGACUUGCUUGAAGAGCCGAGGGCUUGUGUGCGUUAUCGCCCUCAACGACACGGCACCGGUGAUCGUUGAAACAGUCGACUCGAAAACGGCAAAGAAGACCGGCGUCUAUCUUGCCGGCCUCCUCCAAAAAGCCAUCUGCAAGGUGGGGGACAAGGCCGUCGUCCAAGUUGUCAUGGACAACGCGGCCAAUAACCGGAGGGCGGCCGACAUUUUGCGCGAGGGAUACCCAUCAAUCUUCUUCAACAACUGUGCCGCGCAUGUUCUUGACCUCAUGCUUCACGACCUCCGGAAGAUUCGUGCGGUGAAACGGGUCCUAAGUCAGGUGCGCCGAGUGGUCAUGAUGGUGAAGGGAAGCGCAUCCGCCGUCACUCUCUUCCAUGAGGUGUUUAGCGAGCUUGCCUUGGUGCGGCCUGGUGCAACUCGGUUUGGCACGAACGUCAUCAUGCUCACCCGAUUCCUUGAAGUGAAGAAGGCGCUGCGACAGAUGGUCAUUAGUGAGGAGUGGGAGGGGGUGGCGGUGGCAAAGCAGGACGAGGGGAAGGCGGUCCGGUUCCUCCUCUUGGAUGAGGUUUUCUGGGAUUGCGCAACGGCGGUGCUUGCCAUCUUGCAGCCCGUGUAUGACGUCCUUCGGGUCGUCGACACGCGGGCUCUAGUCAUGGGGCAAGUGUAUGGCCUCAUGCUAGAGGCCACGGUGAAGACCAAUGAGGCGGCCAAAGCUGGAGCCGCCAUGCUUGUCAAGCGCACGUCCCUGCUUGCGGCAAAGGAUAAGCCAUCGUUCUUGGCGGCCAUCAAGGCUAUCAUAGCCAAGAGGUGGGACGGCCAGUUGCAUAACCCACUCCAUGCGCUCGGGUGGCUACUUAACCCGCGCAAUCAGUACUUGGGGGAAGUGAGGGAGGACCAAGAGGUGAUCAGUGGGGCGGAAGAGGUCAUACAAGCACGUGGCGGGGAUGUCGCUCAGCGCACUCUCAUCCAAGCACAGUUAGCACAGUUCCACAAGGGCGAGGGGCGGUUGGGGUCCCCCGACGCACGAUGGGCUGCAAAGGAAAUCCACGAUGCAGGAGAAGCUUCGGCAGAGGCAGAGGUGGAGGUGGAGGAGGAGGAGGAGGAGGAGGGAGAGGAGAAUGUGGGAUGUACCAUUGACUGGGAUAAUUUCGGGCAGAUUGGUAAGAAGAAGAAAAAGGUGGGAAAAAGCUCUAAAAUGAAGAGGAACGGCACCGCAGCCAAGCCUUGCAAGGGUAAGGGGAAAGCAAAGGCUGUGCGUGAGGGUGAGGAGGAGGAGGCGGCGGACAACAGUGGCCAGGAGGAGGAGGAUGUGCCCACCAACAGGACUCGCCGCACGGGCGCGGAUCCGUGGGACAUCAAUGAUGGCUCGAGCGGGGAGGAAGAGGAGGAGGAGGAGGAGGAGGUGGAGGAGGAGGAGGAGGAGGAGGAGGAGGAGGAGGAGGAGGAGGAGGAGGUGGAGGAGGAGGAGGAGGAGGAGGUGGAGGAGGAGGAGGAGGAGGAUGAUGAGUAG